UGGAAAUGUUGUUUUUGAUUGGCCAAUCAAGAGCCUGUAAUAAUCAAAAUUUGAAAUAUUUAUCUCAUUUUAUCUCGCACAUGAUUGUAAUUUUAUCUCUUUCUCAUGCCAAAAUAUGGAUGCCAGCAAAGAACAAAUGUCAUAUUUAUUGAUAAUAAACUAUAAGAUAUAAAUAUUCAAAAUGUUAAUGCUAUUGGAAGCUGCACAACAUGGCAACGUUGUUUUUGAUUGGCCAAUCAGGAGUCUGUAUUAGUCAAAAUUUGAAAUAUCUGCUUUCUCAACACAUGAUUGCUUUUUCAUCUCUUUUUUUAUCACAAAAUGUCAAAAUAUGUCAAGUUGACAAAAGACAAAUGUCAUAAGUAGGUAUUUAUUGACAAUAAAUUACAAAAUAUAAAUAUUUGAAGUGUUAUUGUUGUUAGAAGCUGCACAAAAUGGCAACGUUGUUUUUGAUUAACCAAUCAAGAGCCGAUAAUAGUGAAAAUUUGCAUUAUCUUUCUCAUUUUAUCUUAUACGAAUUUUUCAAAAAUGACGCAUUUUUGAGACCGUGAAUAUUUCAUGUAAAAAUCAAUUUUUCCUACAACAAACAGUUCAACAAUUAUUUAAGCUACAAACGCAAAUUGGGCCGAAAGAAGUCGCACUUAUACCAAAGUGGAUCAAGGAUGACAAAGAGGCGUGACGCGACCGUUUUCAAGUCGUACCGUACACACGAUGUUGGUACCGCUAUGAUAAUUCCAUUAUUUUUUUCUCUCUUUACAAUUCAAACAACACCCCGAAUCUAUUUCCUCAAUAAAACCAAAUCGACCGUUACCAAUUUGUAGGCUCAAUUGGAUGAGGGUUCGCCGGACCAGUAUAAUGCCAUGACAUCGAGAAAAUGGUCGCCAAACGAUUUUUAAGUGUAAUUUUGGUGGUACUAGUAGGCCAUGGAAUGGCCCAAAAACGUUGUCCCGUACCCAAGGCGAUUUUGCCUUGCAGAUGUUUGAUACGAGCGGAGGAAUUUCAAAUAUGGUGCACUCACAGCGACUUGCCCAGUGUCCUUGAGGGACUCAAAACCAUUGCGACUCUAAUAAAAACCCCUAUCGAUGAAGUAAUUUUGGAAAACAAUUAUUUGCCUUCGUUACCUGGAAGGACAUUUUUCCCUUUGAAAAUUCUCCGUUUGAUGUUACGUCACAAUGGCCUGGAACGGGUGUCCAAUGAUUGGCUGAGUGGCCUAGAAACAGACCUAAUGGAACUGUUCAUUGUGGAACCCAAAUUGCGAACAAUUCCAGAAGAUUCAUUAAGGCAACAAAUAGCUUUACAAGCAAUUACUGUUGAAUCCGAAUUGAUGAAACGCUUGCCGCUCUUUUCCGGUUUGCCAAAGUUGCGUUACCUGCAAAUCGAGUCAAAUUCCCUUUUGGAAUUGUCGCCCAGAAACUUCAAAGACAAUCCAUCUUUGGAAAAAAUCCACAUUGGUAGAUGUCCAUUGCUGACGCGUUUAGAAGCAAACUUGUUCCGUGACUUGCCUAGUUUGUCUUUGUUGAAUGUAUCCGAUUGUGGCGUCACCUGGAUGCACCACAGAGCGAUUACAAGGUUGCCAGUACUACAAGAAUUGAUACUUAUGGGUAAUAGGAUUUCAGAUGCUGGAAUGGUUGGAAGGGCUAGUAGAGAAUUGCCUCAGCUUGCAAUCCUGAGACUAGAUAGCAAUUAUAUCGAUCGUAUUGGAGAAGCUGCAUUUGUUGAUUUGCCAGCACUGAAAUCCUUGCACUUGUCCAACAAUAGAAUAACAGAGUUGCACCAUGGGGCGUUUCACCGAGUGCCGCGUUUGAAAUCGCUCAAUUUGAACGAUAACUUUUUAAGGCGCGUUCAUCCGGAAAGUUUCCUGCAAGAAUCCGGAAGUGGUUUGGAGGAAUUGUGGCUGGUGCGUAACGAAAUCGGCCACGUGGCUGAUUUGAGAGCCAUCUUGGAUGCUCUACCAAGGUUGGUAUUCCUGGAUAUGAGCCAUAACCAAUUGGAAGCCAUUCCGUUCGGCUCGCUACGAGGACACCCGACCCUGGAACACUUCAAUUUAGAUCACAACCUCAUCCAUCUCAUAGAUCGUGAAGCUUUUGUCGCUAUGCCAGCCCUAAGAGAGCUGCAAUUGAAAAACAAUUCUUUGUCUAACAAUUUACAGCCGCCAUUGUGGAAUUUGCCAGAACUCAAAGGACUGGAUUUGUCUCAAAAUUAUUUCAGACGAUUAGAACCAAAUUUCCUUCAAGAUCUCCCAUCUUUGCGCAAAAUCGACUUGAGCGGCAACCAAUUAACAUUCAUCGAUCCGGCCUCUUUCAUUUUAACCCCCUCUUUGGAAAACGUAAACAUUUCCGGCAACAAUUUGGCAACGUUGCAUCCGGCUACUUUCCGUCACCUGCUCGCCCUGUACGAAUUGGACAUUUCGCGCAACCACUUGUUAGAGUUUGCUCCAGGGUUGCCAAGAGGCCUAGAAUAUCUGCAUUUAAGUGACAACGAUAUUACAGUGUUACCGAUGGCUCCUACUCCGGAUUUGGACAUGCCCGCUUUGAGACUAUUAGACUUGAGCCGCAACAAAAUCGAAGCAUUACCUAAAGAGGCUUUUGCAACGUUGCCACAACUAAGAAGAUUGUUUAUAAGCGAUAAUUUUCUAAAAAAAAUCGACGAUGCCAACUUUAAAGGCCUGUCCAGAUUGGAAACGUUAGAUUUUAGCAACAACGCCAUAACGCAUUUGGGUUCCAACGCCUUCAGGCACCAAUCAGAGCUUAGGGAUUUAAAUUUGGCCAAUAACCGUAUAGACUUAUUGAUGCCCGAUUGUUUUCAAAACUGUCCGCAUUUAAAACGUCUCAAUUUGACCUUGAAUAAUAUACCGGAGCUUUUACCAGGCACCCUGGAUAAAAACAAAGACCUUCAAAUGAUUGAUUUGUCUUACAACAAACUCGCAGGCCUUUCGGGUACUUUCAAGGGCCUCAAAAAUCUCAGGGUACUAGAUUUGACCCACAAUAAUCUUGACUCAAUAGAUCCGGAAAUAUUAGGCAGUUUGACAUCUUUGCGACAGCUCAAACUGUCAAAUAACCAUUUGAAAAUACUAAGGGAAAAUGGGUUUAACAAGUUGCAACAUUUGGCAACGCUGGAUUUGGCCGAAAAUGAUUUGGAAGUUAUCGAGGCUAACGCCAUUAAAACGAUGCCCGUAUUGAAGACAAUCAACUUGAGCAGAAAUAAGUUAAAGGAAAUUCCAAAUAUGGUUUUUGUCAAUCUCCCCUCCUUGCAAGCCGUUGAACUACAAGAGAACCAACUAAAAUCCGUCAGUUCAAAUGCAUUUGCGGCAGUGCCACAUUUACUCAUGCUAAACCUGAGCCGCAACCAUCUAAACUCAUUAGACGAAGCGGGUUUAAAAGGCGCCAAAUCCUUAGAACUAUUGGACGUCAGUCGUAAUUCGAUAAAAACAGUCGCCGGCGCCGGUUUGGACAAAAUGGAGUGGCUGGUGGAAUUGAGAAUGGACGACAAUCAAAUUUGCGGCGUGCAAGGUUCCCCGUUCAAUAACAUGCCGAGAUUGCGCGUUCUGAGCCUGAAAAACAACAAAAUGAUGUCGUUUCCCGAACGCGCUAUCGAACGUAUCCGAAAUAACAUCGCCAUCUUGGAUAUCGAAGGUAAUCCAUUGGCGUGCUCGUGUAACAUGCUCUGGCUCCAAGUGUGGCUACAAGAAAGCGCUACCAUUGGUCCGAGAUGCGCGGACGGUUAUUUGCUGCGCGAUUUGGAACUGCUGCGCAGAGAUUGUCCCGAAGAGGAGCGAAACGUUGAGCUGGUGGCACCUGGUUGCGAAUCUGAACUUUUAUCGGCACCCGGUGUCUAUGGAACCUCGCAGGUGCUUUCCCAAUGGAUGAAUUUAAAAUCCAUUAAUGGAUCGGAAAAUCGGAACAGUUUGGCACCAGCGCCUGAAGAUUCUGAAUAUUUUUACGACGAAUACGUGGAUUAUCCUUUUAAUGAAACCAGUACAUUGAAAGUACCAAUAACAACAGGAGAUACAUUGUAUGCAUUGCCAAAUAUCAAAAAUAAACCAUUGGAAAAAGUUACCAAUUCUCCUAGCAGUAGCGGUUUUACCUUUUUCGGUGUCCCCUUGUCAAAUUUGGGUGCCCUACUUGGCAACGCUGUCAAUGCGCGCAAAGAGGACAAAGUGGACGCGGCAUCGUCGCAACAAAUGGCCGACAGAGUUGCCAUUGUCAAUAUUCCAAAGCCAUUGCUGCCAGAUUUACCAAAAAUUGAAACAGGCGGUUUUGUUCCAUUGUUGCCAGGCGUUUCAGGUGGAUUCAAGCCAAUACCCAAUCCUACACUUACCCAUCAGAAUUUGCAAUUUCUACAAAAAAAAAAUGACUCUUUUGUGGUUGAAUCCAAUAAUAUACCAUCAGUGUCCAGCACCAGUGAAAAACCGACAACAGCGCCACCUUUAAAAACUAGCACCAUUAAAAAUAACAUUACUACUACACAAAAACCAACAACACAAACAGCGGUGUUGCCAACUACUAGCGCAACAACAACGUUGCCAACUAAAACAACAACAGUGGUGUUGCCAAUUGAAACAAGCACCAUAUUGAAACUUGACAGUUCGCCUACACUUUUGGCACCUCAACAAAAAAAAAUGGCGACCAUUACGAAGGUGGCGUUGCCAAAUUUGCAGUCGACCAGCGCCCCCUUUGAGGCGCUGUUGCCGCAGGCGCACAAUCGCGAACCCAAGACUUUGUUGCAGCCUGAUUGGUACUUUGCCAUGUACAAUGGUACUUCAGGGGUUGACAGACAAAAAACCCUUAUGUGGGGGGUGGUUUUUAGUGUUUUAGUUAAUAGACAAUUAUUAUUAUAAUAAAUCAAGAACAUUUUUUUUUUAUUAAUUAAAAAUACAAAUAAUUAAAUUAUUUUUUCUUUUCAUCCUUCUUGCUGUCUUUGUCUUUAUCUUUUUCCUUUUCCUUCUCCUUGGCAUCUUUAUCUUUUUUCUCUUCCUUUUUGCCUUCUUCGGCAUCUUUGUUGGUCAAUUUAUUGUUGAUCAAAUUGUGCAAAGCCACAAUGGACCGGACAAGAGUAGACAAGUAAACAACCAACAUUUGAUCAUUGUUUCUCACAUAAAACGACUUAUUGAAUUCCAAUUGAUUGAUAUCGGGUAAUAAGUUGAAAAUGUCUUGUAACUGAUAGAUUAUCUGAUGAUUAAUGGGCAAUUUUGAUUCGCUGACUUGUAUCAAAUAGUCUCUGAUUUCUCUCAGUUGCGAGUGAAGGCCUUUGAGGCCCAAUAACUGAUUGGUAAUUCUCUGAGACAAAGUACCAACAGUUGUAUCUUUAAUGUCUCUUAGUAAAUGCUCCACCCCUACUUCUUCAGCUUCUUCUGCUCCAAUUUCACUUGGCACAUGCUCAAAAGUUCUAGAAGUAGGUGAACCAUCAUCAUGAACUUCUUCUACUGCUUGGUAAGCUUCAGUUGGUAAGCCCAAAUCUUUUGGUUCCGCAUCAAUGAUUACCAAUACAGAAUUUGGACAGUACCGCCUUACCAAUUCGUUAAUAGCAAUGUCGUUUUGGUUCAAUUUGGGUCCAGUGUGGUACCAACCCACAACACGUUCUCUGGCGUUGACUUUUUUAAACAUCCCAUACAUGUUUUCCAAGUAGUCGUGGUCCAAAAACCAAACAGA